CAGUUGUACAAGGCUAGAAGCAGUAGCAGAAGCAGAAGCAGAAGCAGAAGCAGGGGCUUGUAAAAAUGGCAGUUCGAAUCCUCAAACACGUAUGGUCUUCAAUCCCAAACUCCCUGUUUUUGUCCCAAUUUUCCACCUCAACACCGGACCACCUAAUCUCCACCAUCGUCUCACUCCUCACCCACCACCGCUCCAAGUCACGCUGGACUCAUCUCCUCUCACUCUGCCCUUCCGGUUUCACACCGUCCCAGUUUUCCCGAAUUGCCCUUGACCUCAAGAAUAAUCCCCAUCUUGUCCUCCGCUUUUUCUCCUUCACGCAACGCAAAUCUCUCUGUAAACACGACUUCAACUCUUAUGCUACUGUCAUUCACAUCCUCUCUCGGGGCCGCCUCACGGCCCACGCCCAGAAUGUUAUCCGGGUCGCCAUUAGAUUGCGGGAACCGAACCCGGUAAUGAAACUUUUUGAAGUUCUUGUGAAAACUUAUAGAGAGUGUGGUUCAGCUCCUUUUGUGUUUGAUUUGUUGAUUAAGUGUUGUUUAGAAGUGAAAAAGGUUGAAACUUGUGUUGAUAUUGUGAGAAUGUUGAUGUCUCGUGGGCUUAGUGUGAAAGUUUGUACAUGUAAUGCAUUGAUAUGGGAGAGUUCUAGGUGGAAAGGAGUGAAUUUUGCUUAUGAGACUUUUAGGGAAGUUUUCAGGUUAGAUUAUCAAGAGAGCAAAAGCAGUGGUAAAGAUUUGAAAAUGGUUGUCAGGGUUAGGCCUAAUGUGCAUACAUAUAAUGCUUUGAUGGUGUGUUUUUAUAGAGAAGGGUUGUUGGAGAGAGUGAAGGAUAUAUGGGUUGAAAUGGAGGGAAUGGGAUGUAAAGGUGCUAGUUAUAGUUUUGGUGUUUUGAUGGCUGUGUUAUGUCAGGAAGGGCGGAUGAGAGACGCAGAGAAGUUAUGGGAAGAAAUGAGAGAUAAGGGUGUAGAGCAUGACGCGGUGGUGUAUAAUACUAUUAUUGAUGGGUUUUGCAAAAUUGGAGAGAUUUGGAGGGCUGAGGAGUUUUUUAGGGAGAUGGAGUUGAGUGGAGUUGAGAGUAAUUGUGUUACUUUUGAGCAUCUUGUUAAUGGAUAUUGUAGAGUUGGGGAUGUUGAUUCGGCAAUUUUAGUGUAUAAUGAUAUGUGUAGGAAAGAUUUUAGGCCAGAGGUUUCCACAGUAGAGGUUUUGAUUAGAGGGCUUUAUGAUAGGAGAAGGAUUUUUGAAGCAUUGGAGAUUCUGAGGCUUGGAAUUGAAAAGUUUGGUGUAUGUCCUACAAAGAAAAGCUAUAUGUUCUUGAUAAAGGGAUUGUGUAAGGAACAGAAGCUGGAAGAAGCAUUGAAGUUUCAGGCGGAGAUGGUGGGAAAAGGAUUUGAGCCAAGUUUGGAGAUUUACAAUGCUUUUAUUGAUGGAUAUCUAAAACAAGGAAAUGUCGAAGUGGCAAAUAUGCUGAGGAAGGAGAUGUUAGAAACUCAAAUGAGGCAUGAAGAAGUUUAGAUGUUUGAUUGUUGUAGAAGUAUGUAAAUCAUUACAGAGAGUAGUCACCACUUAUAUUUGAGUUAAAUUGUGUAACCUAUAUAUGGUGAAUGUUUGGGUUGUGGACUUCUCAUCUGAUUGAUGCAAGUUCCUUGUUCAAGGUGAAGUGAAUCUUGAUACAGGGGUGAAACAAUUCCGCUUUCCAGAAACUACUUCUUGUGUACAACUUUGCAACUGUAUCAUUGAUGAUUAUGAAACUUUGAAGGCUACUAAUAUAUGAACGGAACCACCAUUCUGAACUUUUGAGAUAGACUAUCAGAAUCACAAAGAUGGGAUUAACCAAAGAUUGAAAAGAGA